GGCAAGUAGGAGUUACAAAAGUAGCUUCUUAAACGUGUAUAGGUAUUUACACUAAGCAAACAUGGCACAUAUGCUGUCUUGCCGACUGACGACGGGGUUACCAUAUAGGGCACUGCAAACCGCUCGGCCGUUGCCAAUUAUACUUCGUGCUCUGAGUGAUGAUGCGCCAUCAAGCAGUGGCCGAGAACUGUCUUGCUCGGGCCGUCCACAAGGAUUUGGGGCGCUCCGAAAAGGCUUUAAGCCGCAGCCAAAGCAAAAGAAGUCUCAACACACGCUGUCGAAUUCUCAGAUCAUGAAAGGCCGCGAUAAAGCAGACGUCCUGCGGGAAAUCAACGCCCAAUUGGCGAGCAAAACUGACUCGGACGGAGACGUGUGGGCUGACUGGAAGCAAAUCGACGCCAAGGUGAACACCUACCCCUGCGAGCGACUGUUCACAGCGGUGGGCUCUGGCGGAGAGGAGUUCAGGGCUGCCAUGGUGGCGUGUGUGGAGGGCGUGGUGGGCGGCCCAGCGCCGGUGGAGGUCCGCGCCAGCAGCGGCGGGGCCUACAUUUCGGUGCGGGUCGGACCCGUUGUGGUGCAGAACAGGGACCAGGUACUAGACAUAUUCGUGCGCAUGCGGCAAGACAAGCGGCUAAAGUUUCACCUCUAGCGGGGCAGCGUGGGGCUGCCGCCACUGCUGCUGCUGCUGGGCUGUUUCCAGCCUGCCUGGCUCUGCAAGCGCCGGUCGCCGCAGCUGUGCAUCAGAGGCUGCAGCGGAGCUCGGCUGCCCUCCAUCGAGGCUGCUCUGCAUGACACGGAGCGAAGGAGUUCCGCACCUUUCUGUAUACGAGGCCCUCCCCCCUCGAGGGGCAUUGGGGUGCUGCUGACAGCGGAGUAUGUAUAUUCCUUGUAACGGCUCCAGACUAGGAUAGGAUAAAUGGAGGGCGCGACGGAAACAUGAUAGUGAGGGUUAGGUCUUGGUCUGGAGCUGUGAAACGCGUGCUGCGGGUUGCAGCAUGUAAGCAAGCUGCAGCAGCAGCAGCAGGGCUCCGAUGUGUGAGGUCAUGCGGCUGGGAGAGUGAGUAGCAGCGUACGUACGUGUAGUGCUGGGACUUCAGGCGGGGCAGCAAGCGGAACUUGGUGCGGUGCGCGGCGUGUGGCGGCAAUUGGGGUGAAACCGUGCGCUCAGCAGCGCAGGAUGCGUGUACUUUCUAGGCCUACAGAGCUGGUGCGUGUGAGGCCGAGUGCGGGAUACACGAGCUAGCGCCGGUGCGCGCUUGGGGGUGGAGGGCUCUGCCUUACCUGGCACAGCUGAUUGAUGAGGAGUGUAUGUACGUGUGUACGGCGGUCUGCAGGCAACCGAGUAUCCACCUGUAACGGGCAACGGCAAGGUGAGGAAGG